AUGGUGCCGUCCAAUCAGCCAACUUGUGUUGAAACGUCCGCCAAUGAGAUGAAUAAUAAUAAUACUCCAUCAAAUCACUAUGUUCUUGAUACCGCAGAUCAUCCUUCAUCGAGCUCAACAUUCUCGCAGUAUCAACCAUGUCAGGUGCAGGUGGUUAAUUUGGCCUCUGAUAUUAAUAUUUCGGGAAGUGAUGGUGACCAAAAGUCGUAUAUAUUAAUACCAAACUCGCAGCAAACUUUUCAGUUGGAUGGAAGUUCUGUGCAGGUAUUGCCGAGUAAUGUUCAAGUGAUCAAUUUAAAUGAAACAGCAUCUUUCCUUACUCUUCCUAGUUCAUCAGUUAUGUCUGCUGGUGAACAACCUCAGCAGCCAUGUCCUUCAACAGCUGUGAACACACCAUAUAUUUAUACAGAUGCCAAAGGGAUUGACCUUUCGAAUGUGGUUCAAAUUCUCACUCCUCAGAACAUAGUAAAUAAUCCUAUCAUUUCAAAACCUGAUGAAGAGCCUCUUUUCGUGAAUGCUAAACAAUAUCAUAGGAUUUUGAAAAGAAGAGCUGUACGAGCAAAGUUGGAGAGUGAAGGAAGAAUUUCUAAAGAAAGAAGAAAAUAUCUACAUGAAUCGCGACAUAAACAUGCCUUAACUCGAGUUAGAGGGGAAGGAGGAAAGUUUGAUCGUGGUUCUCGGAAUUCACCUGUUCCGGAUUCUUCACAACAACAGCGAUUAACAGAACAGGUACGUACGGUGUUUCGGCCAGCAUACGUUGAUUGCGCACAUCCGCAGUCGAACUCUUUGAACAAUAGGGAAUUAUCUGAUUCAAGUUACUGA